AUGUUGGGAGCCAAGGUUUAAGCGAGGUUUCGGCUCCUUUUCUCUAUCCUUUCUCCUCUUCUCCUUCAUCCUCAACUGACACUAGCUUAUCUCUCUCUCUCUCUCUACCCAAAAUGGCUUCCACAGCUUCCUAUACAACUCCUCAAUCUCAAAUAUCCAACUCAACAUGGCGGAAGCCCCCCAAAACUAACGAAAGGUCUCUCAAAAACCUCCAUUUCCUAUUUGGGUCAUCCUCUAACUGUCUCUUUAAGCCAUCACUCUCUUCCUCAACUCCUUUCCCACUAAGCCUCAAAACCCCUUCUGACCCAAUUCAGUUCCGACCCAUAUUAGACUCUGUGCAAGAUUAUUUGGUCGAGAAUUUGGAGAGUUCAAUGAAUUUACAGAUACCCAUUAACGAAUUUGGUCAUGUUAUGCCUCGGGAAUCACCCCCAAGGAUUUUUAUCCAAGACCCACCUUGGAUUGCCUCACUUUUCUUAAAGGGUAUAUUCAAAAAGUCUAAGAGAGAAGUGAGGUUGGAGUUUAUGAAGAUUGAGAAGAGAAAGUAUAAUCUGUUGAGGAGGAGACAGAUUAAGGCUGAGACUGAAGCUUGGGAGAAAAUGGUGGAUGAGUAUAAUGAGUUAGAGAGAGAAAUGCGUGAGAAGAAGCUUGCUCCUAAUUUGCCUCAUGUUAAGUCUUUGUUUUUGGGUUGGUUUGAGCCAUUGAAGGAAGCUAUUGAGAGAGAACAGAAGUUGCCCCAUAGUAAAAAAAAGAUGGCUUUUGCUCCCAAUAUUGGUCUGUUGUCUGCUGAUAAGAUUGCUCUUAUUGUUAUGCAUAAGAUGAUGGGUUUGAUGAUGUCAGCUUCUUAUGAUGGCUGUGUUCAGGUGGUUCAUGCUGCUAUUCAGAUAGCCAUGGCUAUAGAGGAGGAGGUGAGAAUUCAAAGUUUUAUGGAGAAUACUAAAAAAAUUCAGAAAAAGGAGAAUGUAGAUGACAAUGAAGAGGGUUUAAGUAAGGAAAAAGAGAUACUCAGGAAGAAUAUUAUCGGUUUGAUUAGAACGAGAAGAUUGAGUUUGGCACAAAAGCUACUGGUAAAAGAAGAGUUUGAGCCUUGGAGUCGAGAAACCCAGGCUAAGCUGGGAUGUCGUCUGAUAGAUUUAUUAACUGAAACAGCUUUCAUACAACCUCCACUUGAUCAGUCAGGAGAUGUUCCACCUGAUGUUAGACCUGCAUUUAGGCAUAGAUUAAAAUCCAUUGCAAAGACAGGGCAGAAAUUUCUGAGGAAUUAUGGAGUUAUAGAAGCCGAUCCCUUACUUCUUGCAGGGCUUGAUAGAACUGUUAAGCUCAUCCCAAUUCCUUAUGUGCCAAUGUUGAUACCUCCAAGAAAAUGGAAAGGAUAUGACAAGGGCGGGCAUUUGUUUCUACCUUCUUAUGUUAUGCGCACUCAUGGAUCUAGGAAGCAGCGAGAAGUACUUAGGGCUGCUCCUGGAAAGCAAAUGCAGAAAGUAUUUGAGGCUCUGGAUAUGCUUGGGAGUGUCAAGUGGAGGGUGAACAAAAAAGUAUUUAGUGUGGUGGAGAGCAUUUGGGAUGGAGGUGGCAAUGUUGCCGGCUUAGUUAAUCGUAAAGAUGUUACUGUACCAGAGAAACCAAGCUCAGAUGAUUUAACAGAAAUCCAUCAAUGGAAGUGGAAAGUGAGAAAGGCAAGGAAAAUUAACUCGGAGAGACAUUCUUUACGGUGUGAUGUUGAACUCAAGCUUUCGGUGGCUCGAAAGAUGAAAGAUGAGGACGGCUUUUAUUAUCCGCAUAAUCUUGAUUUCAGAGGUAGAGCAUACCCUAUGCACCCUCAUUUGAAUCAUUUGAGCUCUGAUCUUUGUCGUGGAGUUCUUGAGUUUGCUGAAGGACGGCCAUUAGGCAAGUCUGGACUACGCUGGCUUAAGAUACAAUUAGCAAACCUGUAUGCUGGUGGAGUUGAAAAGCUUUCUUAUGAUGGGCGACUAGCGUUUGUGGAUAACCAUAUUGAGGAUAUAUUUGAUUCAGCAAAAAAUCCUGUUCAUGGAGAUCGCUGGUGGUUGGGGGCUGAAGAUCCUUUUCAGUGCUUAGCUGCUUGUAUUAAUCUAUCAGAAGCAUUAACUAGCUCAUCACCACAUACCGUUAUUUCUCACUUGCCCAUUCAUCAGGACGGUUCAUGUAACGGCUUGCAGCACUACGCUGCCUUGGGGAGAAACAGUUUGGAAGCAGCUGCAGUCAACUUAGUUGCCGGAGACAAACCUGCUGAUGUUUAUUCAGAAAUCGCCAGAAGGGUUCACGCUAUUAUGAUUAAGGACAGCAACAAGGAUCCUGCUCGCCACCCAUGUGCUUCAUUAGCCAAGAUCUUAAUCGACCAGGUUGAUAGGAAAUUGGUGAAACAGACAGUGAUGACUUCUGUAUAUGGUGUUACUUAUGUGGGGGCUCGUGAACAGAUAAAGAAAAGAUUAGAGGAGAAGGGUGUCAUUACUGAUGAUGAGCAACUAUUCAGUGCUUCAUGUUACGCUGCUAAAGUGACAUUGGCUUCCCUUGGAGAGAUAUUCCAAGCUGCCCGAGCAGUAAUGGGCUGGCUUGGUGAUUGUGCCAAGGUAGUUGCUUCACAAAAUCAACCUGUCCAAUGGACCACCCCUUUAGGACUUCCUGUUGUGCAACCUUACUAUAAAAAUGAACGACAUCUGGUAAAAACAUCUUUACAGAUUUUGGCUCUGCAGAGAGAGGGUAGCUCUAUAGAUUUGAGGAAACAGAGAUCUGCAUUUCCUCCAAAUUUUGUUCACUCACUCGACGGUUCGCACAUGAUGAUGACUGCUCUCGCCUGCAGGGAUGCUGGCUUAUGUUUUGCAGGGGUGCACGACUCGUUCUGGACUCAUGCGUGUGAUGUGGACCAAAUGAAUCAGAUACUGCGUCAACAAUUUGUGGAACUGUAUAGCAUGCCGGUACUUGAGAAUUUGCUAGAAAACUUCCGAACAUCGUAUCCAGAAUUGGAAUUUCCUCCCAUUCCAGAGAGAGGCAGCUUUAACUUGCAAGAGGUUCUUAAUUCUCCUUACUUCUUCAACUAAUACUUUUCAAAAGGUAUCAGUACAAUCCUUGUACAGAAGAAAUUUCAUUAGUUUCUUUUCUUCCACUCGAAAUAAUCAAGAAUCAAUGAGCAAAAAAGUUCAUAUAGAAGUGGACUGAAGUUGAAAAGCAGGGAGCAAGAAGCUAAAACUGAUCCUAAAUGCCAUUUAGGACAGGAAAGUAGAAGCUCUUCAAUCAAUCUGAUAAUUGGUGAUCGAGUCCAAUGUUUGUGAUCACGGUCUCGACAUUGGAGGACAAUACAGAUUGAGUUGUUCUACUGUGUACAGUACAGCAGAAGUAAUGAACCCUUUACUGAAAGUUCAAUCCUCCAUCAUUGAGAUGCAUUUUUGGUAGCAAGUAUUAAGUGCGGCAGAUACCGAGUUCUUUCAGAGCUUAUUUUGUGAGAAGUGAGAACCCAUGUCAAGGAUGCAAGUAUUAUUCAUGCAUUCUAGUACAUUACAUGUAUGUUUGUAUAUUGUUAGUGAAAGAGGAAAAUGUAUAAAGAGAGUUUUACAGUUUGAACAAUAAAUGAGUAGAAUAUAGAAAUAGAAAAAGUAGUAACUUCAAUUCUUCAUAA